UGGUGUUGUUUACGGGAGAGGUGCUUGGAUGUUUGCGGCAGCAGGGCGAGAAGGCGGAGGAAGGGGCAAGGCGGAGGGUCCGGGUAUCUGUGGCAAAAGCUGCUGGAAGCUUCCUGUUUGCUAAAGAGCCAAGCAGCAGCAGCAGCAGCAGCAGCCGCUUGGAAAGCGCUGGCACAGGUUUUUGUGGCGCCCUGGGAAGCACUUUCCGCAGCGCUAGCAGUGACACACACCUUGCAACGGGGAAGCGAAGCGGCCUGCGUAUGUGCCUCAUCCUAUUGUUCAAACUGAGAGACUUAGGGGUGUGAAGGAAGGAGCUUGCGUGUCGUCUCUCUUCUCCCACCCCCCGCCCCCUAUUCUCCUCUCCCCGUGCGCAGGAGGAGACCAGCCGCCCGGAAGCUACGGGGGCUGGAGCCAGCUCUGGACUGUUUUAUACAGACAUCCCCUGCUCAGGUGCGCCUGCGGGAAUCGGGGAGGGGAACGGAACCCUUUCCCAGGCGUUCUCCCUUCCCAGGCUGGGGAAAGGAAAGUUCUUCCUUCAGCUCCUCUACAUAGCCAUCGCAGGAGCUGCUGAACUGUCUUCCCCUACACGAGCCCCGCCUUUCCCAUCAGGUGCCUGCCGCUGCAGCAGAGCGGCUGUAUCCGGGAGACGAGAGGGAACACACACUACCUUCGCUAGCGGUGCUGUCUCGCUGGGCUCCCAGGAUCGCCAGGGCAGCGAUAGCUGUGAUCCCUCACCCAGGAGGAGGUGGUGGAUGAGCGCUCUCUGCAGCAGGGCAACGGAUCGCUUCUCAAACUGCUCCUGACUGUCGUGCUCCGGGAAUAGCUCUUUCCUGCGACACUGGGCUUUGGGAGCUUACAACCCAACAUCUUGUGUGUUGACUCUCUCUUCUCUUCUCCCUUCCCCUCCCUCCCUCCUCCCCCCCGACCCCGAGGCAGUUUGAUGAAUGCUUUGGGAGUGAGGUAUGAUUUGCUGAGGCUCCUCUGGCAGAAGUGUGUGUGUGUGUGUGUGUGCAGUUGCAGAGCGAGCCCCCACCCCUUUGCAAGACUGUAACCAGCCCGUCGGUGGGGGAAGCGUGCGAGUGAGCCGCUCUGCCCAAGUGCUUUGAAUCGCUCGCGUGUGGUGCCGCUGGGCGAUUGGUCGCAAUGCAGUUCUAUGGGAAACAUGCAGCUUUAAGCAAACGUGGGGUCCGUGGCUUCUAGCGGGGUGGGGGGGGGGAAUCGUUAAAAGGGACGAGGAGGAGGAAGAAGCGGAGUCACCCAGCUCUGCCCUUUCCGGAAUCGGUGGCUUUGCUUCGCAUUUGCAGGGAGUGUGUGCGCCAAGAACAAGUCCUGCAUCUUUUCUGCCACCAGAAGGGCUACGAGACCCCGGCUCGCUCCCCCCCCCCCCCCAGCGAAGUUGGUUUGAGGGGCGGAUUGGUGCCGCCCUUCUUACCUUGCCGGGGAUUUUUGGUUCCGCCUUGGAUCGCGAAGGACUCCGGUUGCCUUCUCAUACCCUUCAAGUUGCCCAAGUACUCGCUCCGCUGAGGAGCAGGAGGGCGAUUGUGUCCUGUCUUAUCUGCGGGGCGGUCUGCCUCUCUCCCUGGCCCGGGGGCUAAUGCUGCAGGGCUCGACGGCGGCGCAGGCUCGGCGGCGGAGGAUGGGCGGCUUCGGGAGGCUCUCCCUGGGGCUCGUGCUGCUGGGGAUCCUGAGCGAGGUGGCGCCGCAGCCCUGCCCGGCUCAGUGCUCCUGUUCCGGCAGCACCGUGGACUGUCACGGGCUGGCGCUGCGGAGCGUCCCGAGGAACGUCCCCCGCAACACCGAAAGGCUGGACCUUAAUGGAAAUAAUAUCACAAGAAUCACCAAGACUGACUUUACUGGCCUAAGACACCUUCGAGUCCUUCAGCUCAUGGAAAACAAGAUUAGCACUAUUGAAAGGGGAGCAUUCCAGGAUUUAAAAGAGCUGGAGAGGCUGCGUCUAAACAGAAAUAAUCUUCAGCUGCUUUCUGAGUUGCUGUUUCUGGGGACUCCAAAACUAUACAGCUGAAUUGCAGGUUACAGUUGCUACGGUUACCGUUGUCUGGUCAGAUCGACAUCAUUACUCAUCUAGUGAGCUGCCAUGAUAGCUACUGCUGAUUUCCUUUGCUGGGAACACCGAAGAUGUUUGACGCAAAGAGGAUGAAAGUUCUUCAGAUUGGUGUCGUAUCUCUUUUUUGUAACUGCUAUGAGAGCACCUACUUUUAGCAUCAUUGAAGUUGGUACCUCUUUAGCUGUCACAAGUUAACAUGCUUUGUUUUCUAUUUUAAAAGUAGAACCAAUUAGAGGUAAGAAUGAAAAAGAUGGUGCUUGUAAGGGGCUAGAAGAAAAACUUUCAAUUUUCAAUGUUUUUUUUAAAGCUGUUCUGUUUCAUUACCACUAGUAUAAUUGUAUAGCAUACUUAAAUGCACAGUUCUGCCUGUAUUCCUUCUAAAUAUUCAAAGCAAGGAUUUAUUAAUUUGGUAAAUAAAAAGUUUUAUCUAUAAUCUAAUUCUCUUUGACAAAGCAAAGAGAAUUCUGUCAUGAAAACUCCUAGAGAUGCCAAGCCUCAUUAUACUAAAGCUUCCAACUGCUUGUAUUCCAAGUGGAAACAGGUGGUUUGGAGUUUAAAAAUCCAAUGUACAAAAACGCAUUCCCAAUUGUAGUAGGAAAUAUUAUUGAAUGGUUCUCUUCUUUGAAGUAGCUUGUUAGAUGAGUUGCUACUGCACAAAAUCAGUAAUUGGCAGGUUUCAGCUGUUGCGUAUAUGCUGUAAUACUUUUAGUAAGGAUUAUACCUUUCAGUACAAGUGUGGUGCACGUGCAACAAUCAGUUUCAAAAUGGGGUAUUUAUAUCCAAAAAUGUUACAAUAUUAUAACUUUUACUUAUGAAAUCUAAGUUUAGUUUGUUCUAAUUGGCGCAAGUGCUUUCUCAAGCAUUAGUGAGAUCACUUUAGUUUUUAUGGCUUGUUCAUAUGCAUUUAAGCAACUGAGAAAUGCUAAUAAAUUCUUCAAAAUCUGUA